AUGACUACGGGUGAUGACUCAUGGUGGAAGUUCCGGAACGAGAUCUCGUCGAUUAAGGGUGUGUUUCGUGGCUUAGCUGAUGGUGACUUGGUCACGCAGAUCCGUCACCUUGACGACGACGGUGACAAUCGGCUCUCGGUUUCUGGCAUGUUCAUAAGUGCUUCUGAAGACAAAACCGGAACCUUGGAUAUUAUUGAAGAGAAAAUUGCAAGGGUGACGAUGAUUCCAAGGGAACAUGGAGAGGCAUUCAUUGUGUUACGCUACGAGAUUGGGCAAAAAUAUAAUUCUCACUGCGAUGCAUUCGAUCCCGCUCAAUAUGGCCCACAAAAGAGCCAGAGGGUUGCCACUUUCUUGCUGUACUUAUCUGACGUUGAAGAGGGGGGAGAAAUCAUGUUCCCUUUUGAGAAUGGUAUGAACAUGGAUGGGACCUAUGAUUUUAAAAAGUGUGUUGGACUGAAGGUGAAACCACGGCAGGGUGACGGACUUCUCUUCUAUUCCUUACUACCAAAUGGUACAAUUGAUCCCACCUCAAUUCACGGGAGCUGUCCUGUGAUCAAAGGGGAGAAAUGGGUGGCACCAAAGUGGAUUAGAGACCAAGUGCGAGAUGAUUAA